GCAAGUGAAUUAUGGUAUAUAUUUUACAAAACGCUAGCAUGGAAAUCUCAUUUCUUUCUCUAACAAACGGCUUUUCCCCUUGCUUUCAUUACUGAUGGCAUGCAUUCGUUGCAUCAGGAGUUACAGCUUAGAAGAGCUUCAGCGACGUUUUGGAGAGUCCACAGGGGUUUACCUGUACAAUAUAUGUCGAGGAAUAGAUCAUGAAGAAGUCACUGCCAGUAAACCUCCACAAUCACUGAUGGCAGCAAAGUCCUUCACGACGCCCAUCACGCGUCGAGAAGAGAUGCAAAAAUGGUUCUCCAUCCUCGCUGCAGAAUUACACCGUAGAAUUAUGGAUCAUUUCGAAGAGUUUGCGAUUUGGCCUCGUAAUAUCACUAUAAAAUACGCCACCGUCAAUAAUCGGACCUACCGAUCGAAAAGCUUGGGCUCACUGCACCGAAAUGAAUUGAAGACACCCGAUAGCCUCGCUAAGAGAUUUGCCAACACGUUCCAUUCGCUGGAAGAUGCCUAUCCAUGCGUUGGACUUGAUCUAUGUGCUACCGGCCUUGUUCCGGAUGAAUCAGCAACAUCCUACACGAUCAACCGAUUCUUUACGAAAUCAACUGAUCUUCUCGCUGACAGCAAGCCAAAGCCUUCUGCACCACGAGAGCCGAACAACAACAACAACAACAACCCAUUGAAAAAAUCGAUAUCACCGGAAAGAAAGGGCCUUGAUCUGUUUUUCGCAAAGAAAGAACCAUCUGCCUCUGACGACGACGACGACCACCACCACCACCACCGUCAAGUACAGUCCAAUCAAAAACAAGUCGAGAAGGAAGAGGAAGACGAGACAACCUUCAUGUGUGACAAAUGUCAGAAACGGAUAUCUAUCGAUUCUGUGCAGGAACACUCAGAUUAUCAUUUUGCACUAGAAAUAAUGGAACAGGAAAGGCAAAACUCAUCGCUCGUAUCGUCCACUGCGAAUCACAGCCAUAGUCAAAAGCGUUCCAAUAGUCAUCAUCGAGAAGAGGAUACAGAGCAAAAGAAAAAGAAAAGAGCUUUAUUUUUCAAGCCAAGGUCAUCCUCAUCGUCCUGACACUAUCUUUCCCAUCUACUUUUUAACCUAUUUAUUCACAUCAUUUUCAUGUAUCCCCCUAUUUCAUCAUUUGCUUCAAUGAAACUUUUAUCACAACUAUUUAUUCGGAUAGAAAAUGAGACUGUAGGAAGACGCCAUUCUCUUCUGAAAAGCGGAUAGUCGGAUCUGAUAGCGAUUUUUGCGAUUCCUAUACUAUUGCUUUUCCCUCACUCUAGAGUGUCCCCUCUGAUGGUGUUAAUUUAUUGAGUUCCAAAUGCAGUUUAACUGCAUGUGGGCAGUGCACGCACUUUUUAUGCUCAGACUCCUGUCAUUCUGAAUUUUUUCUCUUUUUCCUUGAUAGAGAGGUAUUUCAACAAUCAAGUAUUAUGACUGUCCACACAGUUUAGCAAAAAAACCAUAAA